AUUUUCCGCGUGUUUACGCACAGUCAGUCAUCAUUUCCAGGCUGCCACUUACACAGGAGAGCUCAGACAAUCAGCACAAACUUACCAAAGACUCAUAAAGCUUUUACAUUCUCUCGUUCGUCUUCAGUAGUCCUUCUGAUCACACAAUGGCAGAAGAAAAUAUUUGCAUUGAAGUUGGAAAGGCUUCCAAUGGUGAAGCGCACCUGGAUGACCCGACCCUCGCCAAUGGCUUGAGCGACCACAAGAAAAGUGAACCGGAGACUACCGCGCAGAGGUUGAAACGGAUUGCCAUGGCUAACCUGCUGGUCAUCCUGACAGUGUCUGCUGUCAUCAUCGGCGUUUUCAUCGGGCUCGGCGUGCGGAGCGCCGGACUCAGCCGAACGCAGAUCAUCUACUUCGGAUUCCCCGGCGAGCUCCUGAUCCGCCUGCUCAAGAUGAUCAUCAUUCCCCUGGUGGUCUGCAGUCUGGUGUCAGGGGCGGCCAGCAUUGACCCCAAAGCCCUGGGCAAGUUAGGCGGCUGGGCGAUGCUCUUCUUUCUGGUGACCACUCUGAUCUCCUCUGCUAUCGGCGUUAUCAUGGCUUUCAUCAUACAGCCCGGUUCAAGUGACGGGAACUCCAUAUCCCAACUCAACACACUGGACGAUAGCAAUGUUCCCCAAGCUAAAGAAGUCAUAGAUUCGUUUUUAGACUUAAUAAGAAACAUCUUCCCCUCUAACCUGGUAGCAGCUGCCUUUCAGUCGUAUGCCACUGGUUACAAGUUUGUGAAGAAUGACACCAACUCGACCAACAUCUCUUUGGAAAAGGUUCCAGUUGGCUUAGAUGUUGAUGGCAUGAACAUCCUGGGACUUAUUGUGUUUGCCAUGGUAUUUGGAGUGGCCUUGAGGAAACUUGGAGAGGAAGGAGAGAUCCUUAUUAAGUUCUUCAACUCUUUCAACGAGGCCACCAUGGUUUUGGUCUCCUGGAUCAUGUGGUAUGCACCAUUGGGUAUCAUGUUCCUGGUUGCCAGUAAGAUUGUGGAAAUGGAGGAUGUGGGGUUGUUGUUUGCCAGCUUGGGGAAGUACAUUGUCUGCUGCGUGAUUGGCCAUGCUAUCCACGGCUUGCUGGUCUUGCCGCUAAUUUAUUUCGUGAUCACUCGGAAGAACCCUUACACGUUCCUGCUGGGAUUGGUCACAGCUCUAGCUACCGCCUUUGGUACCUCAUCUAGCUCUGCCACAUUGCCCCUAAUGAUGAAGUGUGUGGAGGAGAACAAUGGUGUGUCCAAACACAUUAGCCGUUUCAUCCUGCCCAUCGGAGCUACAGUCAACAUGGAUGGAGCCGCCUGUUUCCAAUGUGUAGCUGCAGUCUUCAUCGCUCAACUUAACAAAAUCCCUCUGAACUUCGUCCAGGUCAUCACCAUCCUAGUGACUGCUACGGCGUCCAGUGUCGGAGCUGCUGGUAUCCCUGCUGGAGGAGUGCUGACGCUUGCCAUAAUAUUGGAAGCAGUAGGUCUUCCCACCAACGACAUCUCCCUCAUCCUGGCUGUGGACUGGCUAGUUGACCGUACUUGUACCGUCAUCAAUGUUGAAGGCGACGCCUAUGGAGCAGGUCUACUGCAAUACUUUGUGGAUCGCACAGCCAGCAAAAAUGAGCAGACGGAGCUCAAAAAGGUGCAGGUGGAGGAGGAAGACACCAUGUCAAAGCCAGAAAGUUCUCCGCUUAUCGAGAAACGGGGGAACAUUGAGUUGGAGGCGAUCGCCGGACCUAAACCUUGUGAAAAAGAGUCCGUCAUGUAGGCUUGCACAGGUUUUGAACAAACUUUCCUUCCCUACCUGCCAAAAAUCCUGCAAUCACCCUCUGCAACUACACCAAGGCUAUUGGGGAGAUGCAGGUUUAGUUUAGGACAAGACUAAGACUACAUCCUUCUGACCUUCCUCUAUGCCCAACUCUUUAUGAAAGGACUCUGCAGAAGCACAUGCACAGAUAUUUAGAUAGAGGACCUUGGAAAAUGCUUGAACAAUUAUUUAUUAGAUGCUGAUCAGAUAGUUUGGAAAUUGUAAUAUCUUUUUAUUUUGUAUUUUAUUUUGUCUUUUUAAGCCUUUUUUCGUUCGUUUUACUCCUUUAUAUAUAUACAAAAUCUUUCUGGGUGCAGACAGCUCAGUCAGGCCUUCAAAAGACUAGGUUGUUUUGUUUUAAAUUGCUUUUGUUUUGUUUUUUGUUCGUUUCGUGAUGUUUCUUUUUUUUUUCUGUUUUGUUUUGUUGUUUUGUUCUCCGUUUUGUUAUUGUUUUUUUUGUUUGAUUAUACCCCUUAGCUCCCAAUUAAAAUGCUCAGAAUUCUCUCCGCACCGUUUUCACUCAAAAUAAGUCCCUCAAAAGCCAAAACAAAACCUCUGUGCAUCCUUCACUGUCUUUAAACACACCAAAUACGUUUUUUUAGUAGCAUGAUGUUUCAUUAUACUGCAUUGAAAUACCUCAUUUAUGGAGACCUGACUCCCUUAAAACACACAACCACAGGCUUCUCAAAUGUUGGUCCAUCUAGCAGGCCGAGAUAUCUUUAGAUCACUUGCUGUUAGAAGAGGCCUAAGAGGGUUCGAAACGUGAACUUUGACCUUAGCUGCUAAAAGACUGUUUAGUACUUUCAAGUUUCUUCUUUGUCUUAAUGCAGAUAGCAUUACUUUUUAGGGUCAAGUUGCGCUCAGAAGGUCAGACAGGGCAAGCACAAUAAAACAUGGGUCACGUGCAAAGUACGCCUUGUGUUUCAGGGCUGUUUGGAUAAGGUUGUGGAAACCACAGUGUAGCCUGCAGAUGAUAGAGGGUACACUAUGCGCUGUUCUGCAGGUUGAUAAGCAACUAUCUUUUGUCGAGAGGUACAAACAGCUCAAUUUUGAAAAAGACAAUGCCUGAAUGAUCAGUUUCAGAGGAAAGCCAUAGAUGUGUGCAUAAAAACAGGAUGGAACUGAGAUUUGAACAGUUGUGGUGUAAAUAAACUAGAAUAAAGCCAGGCAACUAGAUGCUAUUUAAUAUUUUUAUAUUUUGUCUAGUGUUGGCUUAGAAUUUAUUAUAAAAAAUCAAGCUGUUGCAUAUGCAGUUCUUUUUAAAAGAAAAAAAUAACAUAUCCCCUAUUUGUAAAAUAGACUCUAAUCCUGAGAUCUUGUAACAAAAGAUAUUGAACAGCCUGUUGAGUGCUAUUUUUUUCUCUGUACAGUAUGUUAUUGCAGAGGAGCACAUAUGUCUGACAUUUCAGCGUUCAUUUUAUAAGGUGGAAUGGUGUAAAAUAUGUUCUGUGAACAUUUACUGGAUGACUGUUUUAACUGUGCAACUAGUAGUUGGACUGGAUUACUUAUUCACCUAUUUUACAGAGAUGCUUUGUAAAUGUAUCAUUUAAAAACGCAAUUUGUGAUUUAUGUCUCUAUUGUGUUGACCAAAUAUGUCACUCAUUUAAUGAUACCAGUAUGGAGAAACACUACUUAGAAACCCAUUUUUGCAGAAGUCAUCAACAGUUUGUCUGCUAGUGAGCGAUUAAAACAGACCAAACCAGAAAACUUUUUCUCUCCGUUUAAAUUUUUUGACCCGUUUAUGGAGGGAUGGGAGGGAAUUGGUGCUCAUAAUCUGCACUAUUAACACUUGCAUUUCCAUUCUCAGUUUGUGCUCAAGAUCUAUUAUUUCCAAUCACAGGAUUUGUUUGUAACUGACAUCACUCCUUAAAAUAUGUAGUUAAAAUGUAUUUAAUGAGACCAUAGUAAGCAAAACACUGCAAUGGCUUAUCAUUCCAGGUCGUGUUUGUGUAUCUGCCCCAUUGAUGUGCAUAUGUGUCUGUGUGUGAGUUCUAAGGAUGAUUACGUCAUAAAUGGCUGCUUGAUUUCAUCAAUGGAGCCAAAGAUUACUGUUAAGAAAACCAUUGAAUGUACUCCACACUGACUACAGAAUAAAAUCUUAAAUCAA